AUGUCAGAGCUCGAAUCGCAAUUGGAGUCGCAAGUCGAAUCUCAGAUUGAGUCGGAAGAGGCAGCCCAGUCUGCUGAAGUUGUGGAUCCCGAAAAGCUAUUCAUUCCUCAGUCAGUCACCUGCAAAAACGCGUCGUUCACAGCAUCAUACACCUACCACCAUCCAUUACCGGCUUGUUUACAAGAGAACCCCUUAGCACCAUGUAUUCUGGGUGUCGAUGAAGCAGGAAGAGGGCCUGUAUUGGGGCCUAUGGUGUAUGGAGUUGCGUUCUGCACAGAGGAGUAUGCCGACAAGAUCAGCGGACAUGGAUUCAUGGACUCAAAGGUCCUCUCUGCCGAAGUCCGCUCGGAACUGCUCUCGCAAAUGUGUGAUUCAACCCACGAGCUUUACCGAGAAAUCUCCUGGUCAACACGGAUCAUGACUCCCCGCGACAUCUCAACAUGUAUGCUCCGAUCAAAGCCAUCACAGAUCAUCAACCUCAACGCACAAGCACAUGAUGCGACCAUCAAUCUCAUCCGUGAGGUCAUGGAGCGCGGUGUGAACGUCACGCAGAUUUUCGUGGAUACCGUCGGUCCACCCGAGACCUAUCAGAAGAAACUGCAGCACUUAUUUCCGCAAGCAACAGUCACUGUUUCGAAGAAAGCAGAUUCGAUUUAUCCCAUCGUCUCUGUUGCCUCUGUAGCUGCCAAAGUUACCCGCGACGCAGCUCUCUCCACCGUGCCUGAAGGCGGUGAACACAUCUGGGGCUCUGGAUACCCAUCCGACCCACGCACUGUCGCUUGGCUGAAGUCAAGUUUCGACCAGGUCUUUGGUUGGAAUGAUGUUGUGAGGUUCAGUUGGGGAACGGCGAAGACGAUGAUGGACAAGAAUUGUGUUGAUGUUGAAUGGCCCGAGCCGGAGGAAACUGGCAAUAUGAACAUUAUGGGGAUGUUUGGUAAAAAAGACGAAGGUUUCACGACUGCCUGGUAUGGGAAGGCCGUUACGCCUAUGGAGUUCUAG